CCCCCCCCAGCGCGGCGGCCAUGUCGGCGGAGGGAGGGGAAAGAGGCGCCGCUUCCGCCGCGGCGGGGCGGGCGCAGCGCAGGCGGCGUGCUGUUGCAGGUUGCGCAGGCAUGGCGGCGAGCCCGGUGGUGACGUCGAGGCAGCGGGCGGCCGUGGUGCGGGGCGUCCCCACGGAGGUGGUGUGCACGGCCUUCUCCAACGCCGUCCUCGUCGUGGCGACGCAGUACGGCAAGAUGGGCACGCUCGUCUACCUGGACCCCGGCCGCGCCGGCGGUGGCCUCAGCCGGCCCGCGCUGGCCACCAGAGUGCUGCUGGGCCAGGACGAGCCCCUCGUCCAUGUUUGUGCCAAAAACCUGGUGGCGUUUGUGUCUCAAGAAGCUGGGAACAAACCUGUUCUUCUCGCCAUGGCUUUAAAGGAUAAGACCAUGGAAGGAAUACAGGCUCUACGGGAAGUGAUCCGAAGUUGCCAAGUGUGGUGAAGUUGUGCCAUCUGGAUUCAAGGAAAUGAUCUUGAGUCCAUGACUCAUCACCACUUUUUUAAAAGGACAAAAAAUGAAAAUGAUGGAAUGUCUUUGUGUUGGUUUUGGACAUGCUGAGGAAUUUCAUGAAUUUUUCUCUACUGUGUAGAACAUUUGUGGGUUUUGUUACUGUGACAGGUUUGCAGUCCAUACAGCCAGUGAUUAGAUGAGAACAAUUGUCUCAACAUACAAGAGAAAUUUUAUUUUUAUCACAUCAGGUGGGAUGUAUAUUUGGAAAACUGCACAGCUCUGCAUUUGUGUCCUGAUAAGUGAUAGAUUCCAAACUCUGUAACUACAAAACACUGUACUGCAAAGGGGAAACACCCAGUGCAGAGCGAAUAAAAGACACAUUGAUGAAUCCUAA